AUGGCUUCUGCAUCCUUUCGUCUCAGUUUGUUUAUAUCUAUGUUCUCAGUUUGUGUUUUGGCUCAAAAUGAUGGCAGUUUGGCUGUGGGUAGCACUCUAACUGCAAAAGAAGCAUCCAGCUCGUGGCUCUCACCUUCGGGUGAUUUUGCGUUUGGAUUUCUUCAUCUUCAAGAAAAUGAUAGGUUCUUGCUCUCUAUAUGGUAUGACAAGAUACCAGACAAAACUGUAGCCUGGUAUGUGGAUUCUCCAAGCAAUCCGGUUCCACGAGGAUCCUCUGUGGUGCUCGAUGCCCAAACAGGUUUGGUGCUACGUGACCCUGGAGGGGUAACACUCUGGAGAACUGACGGCUUUUCUGGUGCAGUUAAUCAUGGUUUUAUGAAUGAUACAGGCAAUUUUAUCCUUAAGGAUAGAAAUUACACCUGGAUAUGGGAAAGUUUUGGAUUUGCGAGUGAUACAAUAUUGCCAUUGCAAGAGCUGGUUUAUGGAAGCGUUCUUAAUUCCAGACAAUCAGAAAGUAACUUCACGCGAGGAAGAUUUUAUCUGCGCUUUCUUGAUGACGGGAAUUUGGUUCUUCGGACAAAUAGUUUGCCAAGUUCGGGUAAUGAUACUGAAUAUUACAACAGCCACACUUCUGAUCCUAAAAAUUCAUCAGAUCCUGUUUACCGAGUUAUCUUUAACAGCACGGGGUCUUUGUAUAUGUUGAAAAAGAGCAACCAAACAAUACAAUUUAGUCCGCUCUCUGUACCCUUAGCCUCUGAAUAUUAUUACAGGGCAAAACUAGAUUUUGAUGGAGUGUUCACUUAUUAUUCCCAUCCUAGGAAUUUCACCGGCAACUCAACCUGGACCGUCCUUUGGGCCGUGCCAGAAGAUAUAUGUUCUGACUUGGAUGGAGUUCCAGGCGGUGGGGCUUGUGGCAGCAACAGCAUUUGCAGCCUUGUUGAUAGAAAACCAGUUUGUGAGUGUCCAAAAGGGUAUACACUGCUUGAUCUAUAUGAUAAGUAUGGUAGCUGCAUGCCAAAUUUUAAUCAAAGCUGUGGUGAAGUCGAGAAGCUCUCCGCAGAGGAUCUAUAUGAUACAUGGGUGGCCAGUGACCUUUACUGGCCAAAAUCUGACUACGAGGAAAUAAGUCCAUCUACUGAAACAGGUUGCAGAAAAGCAUGCUUGGAGGAUUGUUUAUGUGCUGUUGCAAUUUCGAGAAACAAUAGCUGUUGGAAGAAGAAGCUGCCCCUCUCUAAUGGGAGGAUAGCCACAAACCUCAGUUCCAAAGUUUUCCUUAAGUAUAGCAAAAUUGAUGUUGCUCCACAAAAUCCAUGUCUAGGAGGACCGAAGUCGAAGGACCGAGAAACUCUGGUACUUGUGGAGUCUGUGUUUCUUGGCAGCUCUUUGUUCCUUAACAUCCUAUUUAUUGGAGCCGCUUGUUUUGGCUUUCAAGUCAUCUAUCAAAAGAGGAAGUCCAAUUUUCAUCUACACAAUGAGGCUGUGGAAACAUAUUUGCGUAUUUUCUCAUACAAAGAACUUGCAAAAGCUACAAAUCAUUUUGAGGAAGAAUUGGGGAGGGGAUCAUUUGGAAUUGUUUAUAAAGGUGAGACAAACAUGAGUUUGACCAACAAGAUUAAUGUUGCAGUGAAGAUGUUAGAUAGAGUGGCUCGAGAUGCAGAGAAGGAAUUUCUUGCUGAAGUAAAUUCAAUUGGUCAGACAAACCACAAGCAUUUGGUCCGCCUACUUGGAGCCUGUUAUGAAAAUCAGCACCGGUUGUUGGUGUACGAGUAUAUGCCGAAUGGCACACUUGCAAGCCUCCUGUUCGGUGAUACAAUACCGAGCUGGAAACUAAGGACCCAAAUUGCAACAGGGAUUGCAAGGGGACUCGUAUACCUACACGAAGAAUGCAGUUCUCCGAUGAUCCACUGCGACAUAAAGCCUCAGAACAUACUCCUUGACGAUUACUACAAUGCUCGAAUUUCUGACUUUGGAUUGGCAAAACUUUUGCAGAUUAAUCAGAGUAGAACACUCACAAAUAUCAGAGGAACGAGGGGAUAUGUUGCUCCUGAAUGGUUCAGGAACACUCAGAUCACUUCUAAGGUUGAUGUUUAUAGCUUUGGUGUCCUGUUAUUAGAGAUCAUAUGUUGCCGAAGACAUGUUGAGGAUGUUGAGGUUGGCGAAGGAGGAAAUUCAAUCUUAACUGAUUGGGUUUGGGACUGCUUCCAAGAAGGAAGGUUAGAUGCUUUGGUAGAAAAUGACUUUGAGGUUCUUGAGGAUAGGAAGAAGCUACAAAAGUUUGUGAUGAUCGGUAUUUGGUGCAUCCAAGAAGACCCAUCUCUCAGGCCUACAAUGAGAAAGGUGAGCCAUAUGCUUGAAGGGAUUGUGGAAGUUAUGGUGCCCCCUUGUCCCUCUCAUUUCUUCUCUACUAUCUGAUACAAUAGGUUCACUGAUUAUCUUUGCCCUGGAUUGUCUAUCUUUUUAAGCAUUUAUCUACUCUUUCAUUGACAACUUGUAUUAAAUUUCACUGACGAGAGAUCUUGUAUUUUUUCCUAGAGCAAUUUUCUGGAU